UAUCUGCUCCCCUUGCUGAGCGCAAGAACCUUUAAAAAAUGUCCAACUUCUGUCUCAGGGCUGGUCGCCUAGUAAAGGACUCCACAGAGGCGUGCAGAAUGAAUGAAUGAAAGGCAACGUCUUCCGGUCAGCUGCGGUCUGCAAAGGCUCUGGUCUGGCUGUAUUUCCUGUACGUGUGUGUGUCCACAUCUUUUGAGUGCCGGGAGUUUAAAAGUUAGGCAGUCCUUAUAGGUAUGGAGCCGAGCUAAUUUCCUUCUGAGCCCCACAAAUGCCUCCUCCAUAUGGCAGGUCCGCAAAUGGGGGGAUCUGCAGAGGAUCACCCCUCACGAAAAAGACAUGCAGCAGAAAAGCAAAAAAAGGAAACAAUUAUAUAUACAAAAUGCUAUGAAUUUGAGUCGGCCACACAGCGCCCGAUUGACCGCCAGCGAUACGACGAGAACGAAGACUUGUCGGACGUGGAGGAGAUCGUCAGCGUCCGCGGCUUCAGCCUGGAGGAGAAGCUUCGCAGCCAGCUGUACCAGGGGGACUUCGUGCACGCCAUGGAGGGCAAAGAUUUCAACUAUGAGUACGUACAGAGAGAAGCUCUCAGGGUUCCCCUGAUAUUUCGAGAAAAGGAUGGACUGGGAAUUAAGAUGCCUGACCCUGAUUUCACAGUCCGAGACGUCAAACUCCUAGUGGGGAGUCGGCGGCUUGUGGACGUGAUGGAUGUGAACACCCAGAAGGGCACAGAGAUGAGCAUGUCCCAGUUUGUGCGUUACUACGAGACGCCUGAGGCCCAGCGGGACAAGCUGUACAAUGUCAUCAGCCUAGAGUUCAGCCACACCAAGCUGGAGCACUUGGUCAAGCGUCCGACUGUGGUAGACCUGGUGGACUGGGUGGACAACAUGUGGCCCCAGCAUCUGAAGGAGAAGCAGACAGAAGCCACGAAUGCCAUUGCAGAGAUGAAGUAUCCGAAAGUGAAGAAGUACUGUCUGAUGAGCGUGAAAGGUUGUUUCACCGACUUCCACAUCGACUUUGGAGGCACUUCCGUUUGGUACCAUGUUUUCCGGGGUGGGAAGAUUUUUUGGCUGAUUCCUCCAACGCUGCACAAUUUGGCGCUGUACGAGGAGUGGGUGCUGUCAGGCAAACAGAGUGACAUCUUUCUGGGAGACCGUGUGGAACGAUGCCAAAGAAUUGAGCUGAAGCAGGGCUACACAUUUUUCAUCCCUUCCGGUUGGAUCCAUGCCGUCUACACCCCUGUAGACUCUUUGGUAUUCGGCGGAAACAUCCUGCACAGCUUUAACGUGCCCAUGCAGCUGCGGAUCUAUGAGAUCGAGGACAGGACGCGGGAUUGUCAGAGAAGCUGGAUCUAUGGAGUAAAGGGGACUUUUGGCGAGUGGAAGUUCCAAAGACCUUGGCAGAGAGUUAGGCGUCAUCUUGGUCUUUCUUGUGACCCUUCCCCCACAGAUGCCCCGAGGAAGCCCAGCAUAGACGGCUUCUCUUCAGAUUCCUGGCUGGAGAUGGAGGAGGAGGCCUGUGAUCAGCAGCCUCAGGAGGAGGAGGAGAAGGACGAGGAGGGCGAGGGCAGGGACAGGGCACCCAAACCGCCCACCGAUGGCUCCGCUUCACCCACCAGCAUGCCCUCCGAGGACCAGGAGGCCCUCGGGAAGAAGCCCAAAGCACCUGCCCUGCGAUUCCUCAAAAGGACUUUGUCUAACGAGUCAGAGGAGAGCGUGAAGUCCACCACAUUGCCCGUAGACUACCCCAAGACCCCCACUGGCUCUCCCGCCACGGAGGUCUCUGCUAAAUGGACCCAUCUCACCGAGUUUGAACUGAAGGGCCUGAAAGCUCUGGUGGAGAAACUGGAAUCCCUCCCGGAGAACAAGAAGUGUGUCCCUGAGGGCAUCGAGGACCCCCAGGCACUCCUGGAGGGUGUGAAGAACGUCCUGAAGGAGCACGCGGACGAUGACCCUAGUCUGGCCAUCACUGGGGUCCCUGUGGUGACUUGGCCAAAGAAGACUCCAAAGAACCGGGCUGUGGGUCGGCCCAAGGGGAAGCUGGGCCCGGCCUCCGCGGUGAAGUUGGCCGCCAACCGGACAACGGCAGGAGCUCGGCGGCGCCGGACGCGAUGCCGCAAGUGCGAGGCCUGCCUGCGGACCGAGUGCGGAGAGUGCCACUUCUGCAAGGACAUGAAGAAGUUCGGGGGCCCCGGGCGCAUGAAGCAGAGCUGCAUCAUGCGGCAGUGCAUCGCGCCAGUGCUCCCCCACACCGCCGUGUGCCUUGUGUGUGGCGAGGCGGGGAAGGAAGACACAGUGGAAGAGGAGGAAGGCAAGUUUAACCUCAUGCUCAUGGAGUGCUCCAUCUGCAACGAAAUCAUCCACCCCGGAUGCCUUAAGAUUAAGGAGUCAGAGGGUGUGGUCAACGACGAGCUUCCAAACUGCUGGGAGUGUCCGAAGUGUAACCACGCCGGCAAGACCGGGAAACAAAAGCGUGGCCCUGGCUUUAAGUACGCCUCCAACCUGCCCGGCUCCCUGCUCAAGGAGCAGAAGAUGAACCGGGACAACAAGGAAGGGCAGGAACCUGCCAAGCGGAGGAGCGAAUGUGAGGAGGCGCCCCGGCGCAGGUCGGACGAGCACCCCAAGAAGGUGCCGCCGGACGGCCUCCUGCGCAGAAAGUCUGAUGACGUGCACCUGAGGAAGAAGCGGAAAUACGAGAAGCCCCAGGAGCUGAGUGGACGCAAGCGGGCCUCAUCGCUUCAAACGUCCCCCGGUUCCUCCUCUCACCUCUCGCCGAGGCCCCCUCUAGGCAGCAGCCUCAGCCCCUGGUGGAGAUCCAGUCUCACUUACUUCCAGCAGCAGCUCAAACCUGGCAAAGAAGAUAAGCUUUUCAGGAAAAAGCGUCGGUCCUGGAAGAACGCCGAGGACCGCAUGGCGCUGGCCAACAAGCCCCUCCGGCGCUUCAAGCAGGAACCCGAGGACGAUCUGCCCGAGGCACCCCCAAAGACCAGGGAGAGCGACCACUCCCGCUCCAGCUCCCCCACCGCAGGACCCAGCACCGAGGGGACCGAGGGCCCGGAGGAGAAGAAGAAGGUGAAGAUGCGCCGGAAGCGGCGGCUUCCCAACAAGGAGCUGAGCAGGGAGCUGAGCAAGGAGCUCAACCACGAGAUCCAGAGGACGGAGAGCAGCCUGGCCAACGAGAACCAGCAGCCCAUCAAGUCGGAGCCUGAGAGCGAGGGCGAGGAGCCCAAGCGGCCCCCAGGCGUCUGCGAGCGUCCCCACCGCUUCAGCAAGGGGCUCAACGGCACCCCUCGGGAGCUGCGGCACCAGCUGGGACCCGGCCUGCGCAGCCCGCCCCGUGUCAUCUCCCGGCCCCCACCCUCCGUGUCCCCGCCCAAGUGUAUCCAGAUGGAGCGCCAUGUGAUCCGGCCACCCCCCAUCAGCCCCCCGCCUGACUCGCUACCCCUGGACGAUGGGGCAGCCCACGUCAUGCACAGGGAGGUGUGGAUGGCCGUCUUCAGCUACCUCAGCCACCAAGACCUGUGCGUCUGCAUGCGGGUCUGCAGGACCUGGAACCGCUGGUGCUGCGAUAAGCGGUUGUGGACCCGCAUUGACCUGAACCACUGCAAGUCUAUCACACCCCUGAUGCUGAGUGGCAUCAUCCGGCGACAGCCUGUCUCCCUCGACCUCAGCUGGACCAAUAUCUCCAAGAAGCAGCUGAGCUGGCUCAUCAACCGGCUGCCUGGGCUCCGGGACUUGGUGCUGUCAGGCUGCUCAUGGAUCGCGGUCUCGGCCCUUUGCAGCUCCAGUUGUCCGCUGCUCCGGACUCUGGAUGUCCAGUGGGUGGAGGGACUAAAGGAUGCCCAGAUGCGGGAUCUCCUGUCCCCGCCCACAGACAACAGGCCAGGUCAGAUGGACAAUCGGAGCAAGCUCCGCAACAUCGUGGAGCUGCGCCUGGCAGGCCUGGACAUCACAGAUGCCUCCCUGCGGCUCAUCAUCCGUCACAUGCCCCUGCUCUCCAAGCUCCACCUCAGUUACUGUAACCACGUCACCGACCAGUCCAUCAACCUGCUCACCGCUGUUGGCACCACCACCCGAGACUCCUUAACCGAGAUCAACCUGUCUGACUGCAAUAAGGUCACUGAUCAGUGCCUGUCCUUCUUCAAACGCUGUGGAAACAUCUGUCACAUUGACCUGAGGUACUGCAAGCAAGUCACCAAGGAAGGCUGUGAGCAGUUCAUAGCCGAGAUGUCUGUGAGUGUCCAGUUUGGGCAAGUAGAAGAAAAACUCCUGCAAAAACUGAGUUAGUCCAAGGACAAGAAUGUAAAUACGGGGUGGGCUCUGGGAGGGGAAGAGACUUUACAAAAAUGAGGGCUUUUAUUUUCCAUUUGGAACGUGGGACAACAGACCACAACGCAAUUCCAUUUUGCAAGUCUUUCCAAGGGAGAAGCUGUUCAACCACCCAUUUCGGGGAUGAGUGAGCCGACACUUUCCUUUGGUCUUUCUAAAUCGUAACUGCACUGCUUUCUGGACCAUUUCUAAGGCGGCCUUUACAAGAAGACAUUCCUAUCAGAGAGGAGGGUGGACUUUGGAGAAAUUCUCAUACUGAAGCAUGAGCUUAGGAGUUUCUGUUAGUGGUAGUGGUGUUUUGGACACUUCAUUCCUUGCAACACUGAGGUUUUGGGUGUUGACGUAAAGUGGACCACACACCACAUCUGCUGCCGUCUUGACACUUUUUUUUGUUUGGUUGGUUUUGUUACAUCCUACAUUAUGCAGAACUAUUUUUGUACAAAUUGUUUAAAAGUUAUUUAUGCAAGGUUUGAAUGCAUACCAGUGUUUUUAUUGUUUUGAGAUUGCCAAUGUUCCUGAUUUCCUUAAGGUAGGAGAGAAUUUAACGUGUACUUCAUCGACACAGCCCAUCUACAAAUGUGCCCAGAUCUAACAAAGCAGGCUAAGACCUUCCACUUAAAAGCAUGUUUAACUGGAAGUUGAGAGCCUGCUUUGUACCUCAAGAGUUACAUGAGCAUGUUGUGGAUAAAUGUAAAUUAUAGUUGAAGUAAGAUACUCUGCCAAGUUUCCUCUGUAGAGAAUUCACUUUUCUCAAAUUUUAAAAUUUCGACUUCAGCCUUUGCACUCAGGAGGGUCUGCUCCAGCAUGAGCUCUUGUACUUACAUAGAUCUAAUUUAUACAGUGAGUCAAGACGUAGAAUAAAUGCUCCCACAUAGCCUUUCUUUUGCUUUUUUCUCUCCUCUGAAGUGUGACUUGAGUUCUCAUUUAGGUUUGUAACAUGGCUAUUUCCUAGUUGUAACGUUCUGCAUUUAUAAGUGCCAUUGUUGUAAGGUGGUGUUUCCUAGACCUUCCCUGAUGCGAUUUUACCUUUGUUGAAUUUGUAUAAACAAUUGUACAAAAAAAAACCACUCUUGAACUUUGCGGGUUUUUGUUCUAGGAGUGGACUAGAAGUUUAAGCCCAGAGUCAGUAAACCCUGUUUUGAGGCCCAAACAAUGUAAUUUCUGAUUCAUCUGAUGUACCCUGUGGUGCGUCAUUUUUCUUUCUUCUUCAGAAAGAAAUCUGUUUCUGGCUAAUAAAGGUAUGCUCUGACAACGGCUGCACAUA